AUGGACUUGCUGGAGCAGAGCCACCUCCAGAAAGAUGCCGCUGCCAACAAGCGCAUUGACGCCCUCAGCAAAGAGCUUCAGGAUGUUUGCCAAGCUCUCCAAAGCGCAUCUGAGGCAAUGCCAAGGGACUUGGCUACCUUUCAACAAUCUGUUGGUGCGCAAUUGAGCAAAGUGUCUGCCGAGCUUAGGCGUGAAGCAGCAGUGGAGCAGGCAGAAAGGGAGCGCAACAAUGCGCGUCGUUUUGCUGCUCUCGAGUCAAGAAUUGAGGCAGCUGCAGUGGAGCAGGCUAGCUGCUCUUGGUGGAUGAGCAUUUGCUGGAUGCUUGUGGUUCCCUUGAUCGUCCUUGCUGCUCUGGGGCUGGUUGCAUUCAAGUUUGUGCAAGGCCCCAUGUUCACAGACUGGUUGGUCGCCCUCAACAGACUACCAGAGCUGGCAAUGUCACACAUCCGCCCGCCCUUGCCACUGGUCCCAUUGAUUGCUCAGAGCAAGGUCUUGGUCAUGACCUUGCUUGGAAAGCCUCUGGCUGUCCCAGAGCCCCCCACCAGCUCCUUGCUGGUCAGCAGACACAUCGACACCUUUGCUCUGAUUGCUGGUGACAUUGGAGGCGCAGAGGAGGACCUGGGUCUUGACCUUGCUUGA